AUGAGCAUCCGGCUCGAGUCUACAACAAAAUUGAAAUUGUUAUGCAGCUUGCUUCUAUCUUUCAUUAUCAAUGUUGAUUGUCUCACAAUGAGCACUGGAGAGACUCGAUGGCAACUUUUUAAUCAUUGCAGUAAUGCAAUGCUUCAAACCUAUUUAGGAAAUAUCAAUGCACGUGGAUCCUCAUUAAGAUUAUGUCUCACUGACUUUAAUGUCAAAGUGAAUCGUCUGGGUAUGCUUCAGCUCCAGCACGCCCAAUCAAGAAAGUACGUGUGUUUCAAUCGACGGAAACGGGUGACUGUACGUAUUGAAGGUGACAAUAUAAGAUGUUUCUUCAUCGAACGGUUAAAUGAGCAAGGUUACACGGAGAUUGAAUCCGCUUGGGAACCUGGCCUAUUCCUUGGUUUCAACAAACGUGGACGUUUUCAAGAUCCAACCACAUAUCAUAAGAAACGGAAGUGUUUCUACUGGACAAAAUCAGAGCGAUUCGUGCCAAACUCAGAACUACAUCGAUGUGCACGACAGCAGAAGAAGAAAUUGAAUCACAAUUUGACAACAAUGCCUUCAGAGAGUUUUUAUCGUAACAUGGCGCGUGAACAGCUCUUGCAGAGAAUUCGAGCCACUGAAGAUGGACCUUAUAACAUAAAAAAUUUUACCACAUUGUAA